UUUCAAAGCACCAUGAUAACAGAGAGAUAGCUCAGGCAGAGUAAAAAUAGACUACAGUGCAGCACACAUCAGUGAAGAAACGUAGUGAUGCCCUGUAGCCCGACAACUAUUGUGUCAAACAGACACCCUGCUUAGUUCAAUACUACUGGAAAAUGGAUAAAGAAGCGUGUCUAUAUACUAUAAUACCUCUGGCGUUGGCAUUGUUGGUCUCGUUCUGUGUCAAUAUCUUCUUGUGCAUCAAGCGACGAACCACUAUCAGCAAAGAUAUUGAUGAACGUCACUCCCCACACAGUUCUGAAGGAGAAAACUUGUCACAGAAUGAAAGGCAUUAUUUUCAUGACCUCAAUCAUCAAGAGCAGCAGGAAAAUCCCCACAAUCAUGAUGAGCAACAGGAAAAUCCAAUCUAUGGCAAUAUCAUGACAGACAAAAGUGAUCCUUGCUACGAGAUGAUGACAACACGCCGUGCGAGACAAUAUGUGAAGCCUUCAGAACCUGACCUGAAUUAUGCCUCACUGGAUCUGAAGAUUGCAAAGAAACGCAAGAAGCUUCGUCAUCUGCAAGGCCAGUCACAGGGACGUCACAAACUUCAGGAUCAGCUGCCGGACCACCUCUCACCUGCUGCGUAUGCUUUCUCUGAGGUUGAUGCUGACAUGGAAGCUCAUCUUCCUCCUAGAGACACCGGCAUCAUGAUUUCACACAGCAGCAUAUACCUGAACAGUCAACAGAUAGCCCAGGAGACAGAGGAGAUGGAGAGAGAGAGGAGCGUCAACAUGGAGAAGGAAAAUGCAGAUUGGGAUAGCAAAGGGGAGGGUAAAAAGGGGGGAGGUAGAGAAUGGGAAGGAGAUGAAGAGAGUGAGGAUAGAAUGGAUAAACAUGGUGGUAGCAAUGGAAAUGUAUUUGCACAGCUUUCUGAAGUAGAAACUACUCAAAACUGCUCAGAUGACAUCAGUAACAGCUUUAACAGUAACAGUAAUUAACUAGUUUGGCUAGUAUCACAUUAAGACUUCUUGUAUCAAACUAUUCUGAACUUUUCUAGGCUGCCUGAAAAAGAAACUAUUGUGUAUAUUUUUUUGUUUGUCUAUAAGAUUGAAAACCAAAUCAUCUUUAGUGUUUGGUGAGCUUCACAGAGUUGAGCAAUUUCCUUUCAGAUGCAGUCUCUUGAAGUGUCACAUUGAGCAACUGGAGAACUAAAGUGUACCUUUCAGUGCAGAGGAUGUAAUAAAGUAUAUGAAAAAAGUAAAAGGAAAUUCUGUGUGUGACAUUUGGAGGUCAAGAACCACGCGGAAAUCUGACAACUUACCGAGAGACACGUGGAAAACAUCAAAUCAGCACAGGACGCAAAAAAACAAAAAAAACUUUCGCUGUUUUGAUGUUUUAUAAUCAUCCAUCAGCACAUGUCUCAUAAAAAGGUGUGAAGGAAAAAAAAAAUCUUUUUUUUCAUGGUGGAGGCGAUCAUUGUUUGAAUGACUCUAUUUGCCUCUGCACACUUGAAAAGUACUCCUCAAAAAAUGUCUAGAAUUAGGAUAACAUUAUAAUAAGUAUGAAGAUCAUAAAAGGGGGUCUGCUGUAUGUUGGAUAUAAGCAAUGCAAAUUUAAGUUCCCACUGUGGGCACAUUGUUUUACACUAUAAAUGCCAACAGUGGAGAAUUUUUUCACAUCAAAGUUACGAUAAA